GAAAAAUGUUAUGCAGGCCAUGCUGCAAGACCAAAACAUUGCACAAUUGUUUAAACAGCUUGUAACACCUGUUACGUACCACUUUAUUGUAUUAUUUUCUCUUAUUAAAAAGUAAUACCUGUUACCAAACUUGUCUUAUUUCAAUUUUAUUAGUCAUCCACUAAAUAUAUAUACGUGACUUUGACGUGUACACAGUAAUCCAAUAAGAGUUGCAAAUGUUGACUUUUAACGAUUAAUUUUAAUAUUUACCUCUUAAAUGCGCGCUCACUGCAGUCUGUCCCGUUGAAGAGAAUGGACAGUGCAGACUGCGCUUGGAACUAUGGAGGGAUACAUGAACCACGUGACCGCUCCGGCGGCGAGAUCUGAAGUUGUCGCCACUCUGUUUAAUCCACUGCUCUGGUUCGGACUAGAUAAACAUUAAAUCUCAUUUUUUUGGCACAAAAAAAAAUAAUUCCCAGAAAAAAAAAUCGUGCAUCAAUGAAGAUUUUAUCUAUUUACAUUGCAACGAAGCUUGGAUAUACAGGCUUUUUUUUCGUUGUUCAAAACUAAAUCAACGGUAGCUCCCGGUAUUCCUCAGAAGUCGUCUCUCCGCUCUUUGCUUAGUAGUUUUUGAAAUAUAAAAUUCACGUAUAAUUAGCCGAUGUGCUCGAAAGGCGGAUUUUGGUCCAAACCUUGAAAGCAUCAUCCCCUCCGCCUUUAGUUCCUUGAAGGAGGAACCAACCAAUCACAGCGCAUGUUCUCAGAUCAGCCAAUCAGAGUGUAUGUCCUCUGGCAGAGCGAGCCCAAACGUUACUCGGAGAAGCGACCCGGCGGCUAUACAGCAGGCUGUCGAUCCUCUUCAUUUGGCUGAUAUUAGUCUUUAAGUUGAGAUUUAAGACAUUUCACCGGAUGCCUCUAUGAUCCAGCUAACCUUACAGCGAUAUAUACAGUGUUCAGUUUACACAAGGUAAGCCAUUUCGGCGUUCUUUUACAGCUAGCUUGUGGUUAGCUAAGCGUGCAUAGCUAUGGCGCUGACGUAAACCAAACUCCAUUCAAAAAUGUGUCACUUUACGCCGGAAUUACUACACACACAAAGAAGGGUAACCGUCAUACCAAGACGCCGUUUUAUGUGUUUUUAACAACUUACGAAACUUAAUAAUGUCAAUUCAACUCUCAUAGUUGUCGGUUAUCUUUAUUGUGAAGGCUUUCAUAGUUGUAGCACAAGCAUGAUAAAGGGCGGUGGCAGCUAGCAGCUGUGACUAAGAACAGAUGAGGGUUGUUUUUUGCUUUUUAGCAAACACCGCAUUUACUUUUCAUUAACAUACGCCGAAUUAUAGUACAUGUUUGUAAACACUUAGACUAAAGCUUUGGUACUUGUGUGUUGCAGAUUUAUUGAAGAAAUCAGCAAAUUGCUUGAAUUUUAAACGGCUUCUGGUCCUCAUGCUUCAGAGGUUUCGGGGUACUUCUAGCUAGCACUCAGUGAAAUCUAAGAGUCGUAUUUUUGCGUAUAUUGAUCUAUUCUUGGCUUAGAUAAUUCAAAUUUAGUGACAAGAUGUAACAUGAGUUGUAUAACAGUAAGGUCAGCUGACAGCCGGGUUACCAACAUGUCAACACAGGGGCAAGCAUUAUAUCCCUCUAUUACGGUUAGGAGAGCGGGAGAUAAACAGCAAAACCGGGGGAAUAGGAGGAAUUAGUGUAUGUCUUAAACUAUUUUUAACUCUAUUAUUCAGUUAUGAAUGGCAUGCUGUUGAAUAGAAAGUAUUACUCCAUGUGCAGGGAGAUUAGCAAAGGAUUAGAGCUCCACAAGGACAAACAGACGAUAAUCACGCGUCCCUCCUCCUUCCGUAUUACCGGACCAUUAUCCCCCAAACCCCGACACUUUCUACCUCAGCAAACCUAACCUUUAGAAUAUCACCUGUCUGCUUAUGCUGCACAAAUGCUUCAUUUAAUCUGCUCAAAGUUAAUGUAAAAGUGAGCUUGGAGACCAACACCUGACUGGACAGAUUAAGGUUCCUUUCUUGCAGGUUAAUGUGUUUACGACCUGAUCUAAUGACCUAAUUGUUUAACCCUGAGCUGUGUCUCUUAGAUUGUUUUCAUCUCACCUGUGCUGCCUGCAAAAGGUUCAGCCAAUCAGAUCAACCUCCAGGUCAGGGCCAGCGGGCAGAAAUGAACCAACAGGGCUCCCUCUGUUCUGCAUUUCUUAUGAAAAGAUUAAUUGUUUUGAUGUUUAGUGUCACCUGGAAUAGCAACUGGGACCAAUGCUAGAAAAACUCUAAAUAUCUCUUAAGAAACCAUAGUAGCCUCUUCCUCUGUGUGAAUGAGUGACAGGUGUCAUGCCACGCCCCCUUGGUUUGCUCUGUUAAAGGCAGAGAAGUUACCAUUUUGCUGAUUGCUGGUAUUGGCAUGAAUGAGGUGAAUUAUUUACUCUUUUAUGUAUUUAUUCUGUGACCACAAAGGAAAAAAUUGGAGGUCAAAGUCUUGGAUCUUAUAGUCAAAGUAAUAAUAAAAUAACUCAAAACUAGCAAUGUCAGAACUGUAAGUUUUGUGUCUUGGCUCUAACAAAAAGACUGGCGAAUAGUCAAUCUAGAUUAAAAGUUAACAUUCCUGUUCCUAGCGUGGAUUUUUAAGAAAGAAGAUGUAGAUAGUGGGGCCCGACUGAUAUGGAUUUUGAAGAAGACCGACUGAUCAAACUUGGACCAGAAAAGCCAAUCGGUGCCUCCGUGUCUUAACUCACGUUACUCAUUUCUGGUCCGGUCUCAUCUGGAGAAAUGCAGCUGCCUCAGUAAGAGAAGUAGCUCGAUCACAUAAUGUGUACUGUUGUUUAUUCUAUCGUUACUGGCAUGGCUAAUUAUGUAGCAAGGCUAAUAGCAGGUGGCGAACUCUAACUUUAGCUUGGAUAUUACAUGGUGCUUCACUGUUAACUUGGCGUGACCGGGACCAGCACAGCGGGGAACAUCAUGAAGUGGGUUGAACUGAAACUUGUUGACUUUAUUGCGUAUGUCACAAACUAGUUUAUUUACUGUUGAGGUGGACCACUCUCCUCCAUGCGUCCCUGAGCUGCCUGCUUCAGAUCUGUCACUCUGCUGUGCUGUGAUGUAAUUAAUGGAUGAAGAUUGUCAUGAGGUCGCUGCGCCAUCUACAGGAUAAGUUGGGGAACUUUUCAAAUGGCGGAAAAUUUUCAAAGUGAAACAGAAUCUUAUUCUCUGCAUUUUAUUUCUGAAAAUAUCGGCCGAUUAGUCUCAAACAGGCUAAAAUUGGCCGAUUUAAUUGGCUCGCUGAUAAAUCGGUCGGGCCCUAGUAGAUAGAGCUGUCUGUGCAAGGCAAAGUUAACAUCCUGUGUCAACUUGAUGAGGGCCACCCUGUCACUAUACAUAGAUACAAUGAGCUGCAACAGUAAAACAGGCAUUCACUGUCAAAGAUGAGACAGAAAUCAGGCAAAGGAAGUUUUCAGGUGUCAAAAACUUCUCUGUAUUGUUGGGCUGUUACUUAGAGUCCCACUUGCAGCACUUCUUUCCUGGCCAUGAGAAUUACUUACAUUUUUGGUAUAAUGCAUUUGUUAGCCUACCCACCCAAUAUGAGCAGCUGACUGCUACUCUACCAAAUUGAAGUUGGUCAUACAUGUGAUCAGAAUUAGUUUUAUGGGCUGAUUUGUGCGGCCCAACAGCAACUACACACAGUGUUUUUGCUGUAAAUAUGACUGUAAGAGCUGUAUUUGGGUUUAAGUUUGCCUGAUUGACUUUGUGUGUAAACAGCCUGAGAGCAAAGUCUUCAUGGACUAAGAAAACCUGUUUCUUUUAGUUUGGCUUUAGUUAAUUUCCACCACUUUGACUCACAUUACCUGUGGAUAUUAGCCAUAGACUCAGCUACAUUAAAUCUUACAGUUUUACUCUUAGCUAAUAAUCAGUCACCAAGUUGCUGUGCAUUUAAGCAGUGGGUUUGUCAAGUGUAUGGACGCCUGAAAUAUUCCACUUGGUAACUUUUUUGCAAAUCUGCACCUAGAAUUAAAAAGUGUAAAAGUGGCUGGGAAGUGCAGGGUAAUUAGAUACGGUGCUUUAUACAUGGCACAUGAUAGGAGUCAUUAUUACCAUGGAAACGAGUCAUGAAGUUAUCACACAAUCUGUUCAGCUGUAACAUUUAAAUCUUAAAAAUGGAUGUCUGGUGUUGGUGAUUCAGUAAUUGUGUCCUAUAAAUCAGGAUCUAUCAUAUCGCAUUAUGUGUUUCUGUCCUACCCCUUGUCCAGAAUGUAGAAAAUAUUUAAUAACGAUGCUGUUCUCGACCCUGUAAUUUAUUUUUCAAGAGUAGGGUAUUUUAGGGUAUUUGACCUUGUUUCAUUCUCUUUGAGGUUUAAAAGUAUCCUUCAUUGUAUUUUCUACACUAAUCGGAGAUCCAGUGAAAUUAUCCCAUUGGUUUCUGUAAAAGGAAUGUGAACACUCAUCCCCACUUCAGCACAUCUCAGUUCUCAGUUGUGACUAAACAGUAUUUCUUUUGCAUCGCAAAUUGAACGUGUCAGCUCUCAGGGCGGCAAACCAUACAAACAAGAUGCUGUGCAGACGUCAGAGCUAUUUUGCAUGAUUGUCAAGCUUUAAUUCCUACUUUCAGCGACCUGAAACCCCAGUGCUUAAGUUUUAGACUUACAGGUUUAUAAUAAAUUAGAAAUUAUAUCUAAGAAUUGAAAUUUUCUCCUAAAAUGAAUCCUGAAGUGUCAGUGGACUUUUUGGCAGUCUUGUAAACAUGACUCAUUCCUUCUGCUCUACUGUCACACACAUAAGACAGCAUAUUAAUUGAAAAUGGUCCAUCUAACUGUAAUUUAUGGAGAUGAUUAUAUCACUUAUUUUCUCCUUAUUUGCUCUAACAUCAGCUUUGAUGGCUCUUCACACUCUCAGGUCUUUCCUCUGAUAAAGGUCUCCAAAUAAAUACUCAUGAUUUACAGCCAUAUCGUUAAAUUUGACUGGAUUUAUCAGACAUUUGGUCACCUUUCCGUCUUUAGAUAUGCUUAGUAAAGGACCUUUGGGGUUAUUCGUCCUGUCCUGUGAUGAUUACACACUGAACGUGUCACACACCUUAGAAAGCUGUUGCUAUUCUUAACAAAAAGAGAGUUAUUCUGGGAUUAGCAGUGUUGCAGUGUGGGUUCUGAUAAGCACCUCUGUCUGAAGGAAUAAAGAGCUUUUUAAAGUGGUACAGACUGUUUACUUCAGCGUUCUGCUCUAAUAAUAGCUUUCCAGAAAUGUUAAUUUCAGCACUUCCAGCUAUAGUCCUCAGUGAUGCAACUAGAACAUGCAAACAGAUUUGAUUUGGUUUAUCUGGCUCAGAAAUACUCUUAAAUAUAAUUACCUACAGUCAACCCAUUACUGAUAGAGUGACGCUGAUACUGACUGACUGUUUGACCUCUGUUUUAUUGAAUCAGCUUUUCUGUUUCUUUCAGAUGUUUCUCUUUACAUCUGUAGGGUUCAGUAUGGUGGCCCUGAGGGUUUAACUGUACAGAUAAUUCAUGAUGAAGAAGAUAUGAAACUAAACGCUAAAAACAUUUUAUUAAAAAAAUCACAUUCCUUCAAAUGCUGUAGCACAAAAAUAUCACAAAAUACAAACAUUUUCCAAAACAUUCAAGAAAAGUUGAUGCUAGAUAAGAAAAAUUCAUGAAAUACAAAAUAUUUCUGAAACACAAAAUUAUAUCAUGAAACAGAAAAACACUUCACGGCACAAAAAAAUUUCUUGAAAAUCUUUUUCUUUCAAAAAAAUUCACGAACAUGUAGAAUAUUUCAGGGAAACAAAAAUAAUUCUUAUAACAGAUUUUCAAUUUGCAAAAUAUCCAUUAAACAAAAACUUGAAAUGUGAAAUUUUCUUUUUGGUUACAAACAAAAAUUCGUAACUAAUAUUAGCUUUUAAAAUCAGAAGCACUCAGUUAAAUGCAAAAAUGUUUUUUUGAAACAAAUAAUCACUUUUCACCUUAUUUUUUAUGAAAGGCAAAAAUGUAUAAAAAUUUGACAUUUUUAAAAAAAAAAUAAUAUUUUUCGAGGUGCAAAAAUUCACAAACAUUUCCCAUGACAGAAAUCCUGAAAUAUUUUUUAAAGUAACAACAAUAAUCUCAGCCAAAGGAAAAUGAUUCUUAAAUUAUUAUUAGCUUUUUGUGACGUUUUUUUUUUUUUUUUUUUAUGUUUUAAUUGUUGGUGUGUUUGCCAGUAAUGGGCCACCAUAGUUGUGUGGAAAUGAGUGAGCCUUUACUCCAUAUUGCUUGCAUGUAAAGAGGUAAAUAAUGUAUGCAUUUUAAUGAUUGAUAAAUUUGUAUUUCUCUGAACUGGAGUGGGUUUUUGAUGCAGCUCAACACAGUGCUGUUUUGAUUUUCCAAGCAUACCCUAAAUAUACUCAUACAGAAGCCUCUCCUCCCUCCUCUGCUUUUUUUUUCUCUCAGCUGACAGCCUUGCAGCAGAAAAAAGAAAAUCUCACUGAGCAGUUUCUAAAGUUAGAUCUGCAGUUAAUAAAACUCUGAGUACAAAGAGUCACAGUGAAAUGUUUAAAGAGGAAGACAAAAGACUCCUCUGUUUGUGUCUCUGUCUCCAGUUUUAGUGACAGCUCUGGGGCUUCAUUUCCAGACUGUCAGUUCUGUUAGUGUGAUAAAGGAAGAAUAUCUGCACACACAAGUGAAGGAAGCUCUGAGAGCCUGCGCCACAAACGACUGCAGUUAGCUAAUUAACCUAAUAGACCCCGCUCCUCUGUACCAGAUCGAUCGCUCCUUUGUGAGCUGCAGCAGGAAGGUCGUUUGAUCAGAUCAGGCCUCUUUCUGAGGAAGCGUGGGGGUUUUGAAGGUUUAUAUAUAAAGCAAGCACCUUCAGGCCUUUAGUAAGGAGCUGCGCUCUCCUGCCAGACUGCACUGAGGGUUCGUGCAGCUUGUUUGGAGUGUUUACAUCAGCUUUGUUGGCUUGAGCAGGCGUGCCAUCUGGGCCUGCAGUGUUUCUAUCACAGAGAAGGAGAAAAAGGCCUUUUUUAUUCAUCGUCUCUUUGCAGGCUUUAUUCUAAUUAAGAGGCUGACUGUACUUUCAUUUUCCUGUUUGACCUGAAGGCUUUAAUUUAGUGUUGUACAGGGAGGAUAGAAAUCACUUCGUCAUUCCUGCUGUGAUUUUAACGAUUCAUCUCCAGUUUCUCUCUUUUAAAAAGUAUUUGAUGACAGAUUCAUUUCAUUUCUUCUUCUGAGUCUGGUUUGGAUACCCAGAGUUCAAUUUUUGCCGAUAUGAACUACCAAUGUGAUGUUAAAAAAAAUCUGCAAACAGUAUUAGGAAAACAGUUAUUUUGACAUUUCAGCAUAUCACAGUUAUUUGUUAUUUCCACCUGACAAAAAUAGUUAACCUUUUGUUCAAUUAUCAUUGUUAGUGUCAGAUCAGUGGAUAAUCUGGUGUACUUAUCCAUGCCUGGUACCAUAUUUAAGGCAGUGUGGUUCCGUAUAGCUCAGUACAAUACAAUAUCAUACAAUAUCACGGUAUUGUACUGAGGUGUACGGAACCACACUGCACAACAUAUGGUAUAAAGUAGGGCUGGGACAAUAUGCUUUCCCCCCCGAUUCGAUUCUUCUACUAUUUUUUUGGAUGCCGAUUCCAUUUAAAUUGAGAUUUUACGAUAGUGUUAAUUUUCUCGAUUUUCAGUCUGCAUUUUUAACAUCAGUGAAACAGUGACAUGAUUAUGAUUUUACAGCGACUAUCCAAAACAACUUAGUCGCCGAGAGGCUGAGUAGGGGAAAACGAUACCUUGCCCGAUGCGCUGGCUGUAUAAACUUCAAAAAACAGGUUGUAUCUCCAUUUGCAGUUUUAUUAAUGCAAAAGGACGAAGCACUUCCGUGAAGCAGAAAAGGGCAGUCAUUCAAAAUCAGGCGAAACUUAAGCGAAAAAGCGGUUAGCAAAAAGUAGGACUUCCCCAUUCACCCUCUCUCCAUUCAUCCACAAAACCCUCCAGGUGAACAGCUGACUUCACUACUACCGGUGCUGACGUACUACCUCCACCCACACCACAUCCCCUUAUAACCACACAAUACACAAAUACUAUAAAGAUCAUGGCUACCACUAAGAACUGGCAUCCACAAUGAUUGUCUCCUGACUAUUCUAGGAACCAUUUAUCCCCCAAAAAAUACACAUCACAUCUAAGUCAGUUUUUAAGAUUUCUUCUUCAAUUUAAAAAAGAAAUAAAAAGAUUUUUGAAUAUUAAAAUUAAUUUAAAAAUUGUAAAAAAAAAAUGCAAUACUGAUGUAAAUAUUUUUUUUCUCCCAUCCUGAGUAUACAGACUAUCAUACAGUACAAAUAUGUAUAGUUAUUGUAUUUUAUCAUACUGUACUGCAACCCACCCUAUCUUAUCUUACUGUACCAUACUGUAGCAUAUUGUUCUGUACUGUAACCUACCAUAUGACACCAUUUGUACUAUAUCAUAUUGUAUCCUAUCAUGUCAUUUCACAUCAUAUAUCUGUUUUUUUCAUGUUAUAUAGAGUUUUUUUUUUUCUUAAUUAUACAGUAUCUUUUUAUCUAAUGCCAUUUCAAAUAUUCAGGGCUUAAAAUCCACUAAAUUCGACUUCUAAGAACUUCACGUCUGGAUCUGUUUCGUUUGGUGUGUGCACAUGUAUGUGUCUCAUGUGCCGGCCAGUAUAUCUACCUCCUCUGGUAUGGUCACGGGAGGGUAAUCUGUGAGAUCAGCAAAGUGUAAUCUUCUUUAUUCUGCGACCCUCACUGCAUUGUUUGUGUGGCUGAGUAAAUGUGCGUGUGAGUGUGUUUGUAUGUACAGUAGCCCUGGUUAAGCAGAAAUCCCCUUUGUAUUUUGUAAUCCAGAUCGUUGCUGUAACUUAAAUCCUCCAGUUGUGAAAUAACAGAUUAUAGAUGUAAUUAGCUCUCAGACUAAAUGCAAGUAUCUAGCUUCUCUAAAUACUUCCUUGGGUUUCGGAGUCAUACCUGGUUAAGCCUUGCUACAUUAUGUGGUGUGUCUACUCCUUUGAAACUGUGCUAUUCAUACUAGUCUGCGUAUUAGGCAAGCUGAGGUUGCUCAGUUGUGCAGCAGGGCUCUUUCCUUUAAACUUUCUGUUUUUGUCUUUGGGAAGUAUACUCUCAAAAACAGUAUUAGUAUUAAACAUUACCAGCCCGGUAUGACAUCCCACAAACUAAAGGUUCAUUAUUUUUCACUUUAAGUAACCCGAUGGUCGAAUUUUACAACAUAAUAAUAAGUUAAAGGAUUUCAAAACAUGCCAAACCUGUAACAAAUUCUGACCCAGUGGUUUGUUUCCUUCUAAAAACAGAGGUGAGCCAUGGCUGAACCAAACCCCUCCCGUCCCCAGAGGAAGAUGUCCACAGCUGGGGAGAGCGUGUACAAGGUGCUAGGGCUGGAGAAAGGAGCCUCAGCUGAGGACAUAAAGAAAGCGUACCGGUAAGCAGCAGUGUGCACAUUCAUUCAUCUGAACUGUUACUCUCAUUAAGCUGCCUCAGCUGUCUCUUUAACAAGGAUUAGUUUCUCCAGAGUGGGCAGGGUGGACACAUUGUGGUUAUUACUUGGGGGUGUUUCUGUAAAUCCAUUGCCUAAAUUUCUGUAAUCCUGCUCCUAAUUGUGGCAACAAAUUCCCUCUAAUAAGAGGGGAGAUUACUCAAGGGCUGUAAACCCAAAUUCCUCCAUCAUUCAUGUUACUGUGAGACCAUGUUUAGGUCUUCAGACAGGGAGCUGUUAAAACCCAAUCGGUCUUAUGACUCCAUCUGUAUAGAGUCCCACUCCAAUCCUUUUUUUUACUACUUCAAGUGUUCACAGUAGUCUUUAAAUUGUGAUUAUGACGUUUUUACCAAAAAUCGUGUUACCGGUCUUUUCUUCUGCAGAGCUCCAGUAGAUCAUUAGCAAUUCGCCUCUGAGUUGUGGGCGGACAUUUCCGGUGUAGUAGAAGUGGCAGGUAACAUAGGGGCUAUUCAGCUCUCAGCCACUAAUGUUGAAAGUUAAUAUCAUAAUUAGUUUUCUUAGGAGCAUUGCAAUCCAUUAAAGCACACACUUGUUCCGCGAUCGUCUUCUGUAUUUCUCCUCUAUAUGCAAAGUCUGGCCUGCAUAGCAGGGCACCGGGGGCGGAGCUUGGAUUGGUUACGUAUGAAAUCUCACUUUUUCUGAACCUGCUGUUUGGGUCUGCCAGAAAUUCACAGCAAUUUGAAUGAAGAAAUACUCAGAAAAGCAAAUUAGUUUUCUCGUGAUAUGUCCUGUAGCAUCAAAAAAAUGCCAUAUUAACAUAUAAAAAACAAGAAAAACAUGAUUUUCAUUGGAGUGGGUCUCUAAGUGAAGGGAAUGAAGGGUAAGAUUUGGCAUGUACCUGGUUUGGCAUUUUUUUUAACCCAAAAAUCAACAGUUUAAGUAAAUCCAUUCUGCUAUCAAGUCUCGUAGGCCCCAUGAAGUGACAGUCACAUCACGUUCGUCCACUGGUUCUCAAUCCAGUCCUCGAGCCCCCCCUGUCCUGCAUGUUUUGGAUGUUUCCCUGUUCAACACACCUGAUUCAAAUGAUCAGCUCGUUAUGAAGCCAUUACAGAGCUUGAUAACGAGCUGAUCAUUUGAAUCAGGUGUGUUGGAGCAGGGAAACAUUCAAAACAUGCAGGACAGGGGGGGCUCGAGGACUGGAUUGAGAACCACUGCGUUAGUCUAAUCAUUGGUGUACUCACAUUAUUAAACUGUCUAAAAAACUGGGUACAGGUCUUAAAGUCCGCAAAGCUGAAGACAGGGAUGAAGCGAAAUAUAACUUAUGAUGCAAAAUAAUUUUGAGUGUAAACUCCUGCCAAAAUGUAGAACCUUGAAUGGAUGAACCCCUCCUCUUCACUUUUGUCUUUUCAUUGUGUUACUUUUUCUGAAUUUCUGUUUGUUCUCAUCUUCUUUUAGGAAACUAGCACUAAAGUACCACCCUGAUAAAAACCCAGACAACCCAGAGGCAGCAGAGAAGUUCAAGGAGAUCAACAACGCCAACUCUAUUUUGAACGAUGAGACCAAGAGGAAGAUCUACGACGAGUACGGCUCCAUGGGCCUCUACGUGUCCGAGCAGUUUGGAGAGGAGAGCGUCAAAUAUUACUUCCUCAUGUCCAAAUGGUGGUUCAAGGUUGGUGAUGUGCCUUUUCUGUUUGGCUUAUAGUCCUUAUACUUUUCACAGACCUGUAUAAACGUGUAAAAAGACGGCGUUAUUUUGUCUUCAAUGUUUUUAAAGCCUUCACUUGUUAAUUCCCUGCAGGGUCUUGUUGUAUGCUGCACGUUGUUCACCUGCUGCUGCUGUUGCUGCUGCUGCUGUUUCUGCUGUGGGAAAUGUAAACCACCAGACGAUGACGAAAACUACCAGUACGUGGACCCUGAAGACCUAGAGGCUCAAAUCAAAGCAGAGCAGGAUGGAGGUGAGACUUUAUCACAGGAUUCGUGUUUUAUUUGACAGUUAAACUUGUUCCUUUGCAGAUCUUGAGGAUGCAAAUUAUGUUACAAUAUUCUGUCUCUCUGGGUUUAUUAUUAGAUCAUUUAAAUGAACUUUAAAAGGACGUUUUUAUUUGAAGUACACUCACACUGUCUUGAGUGAAACUUAUUGGUAGCAUUGAUUUAGAAAAAAACCCUGAAUGGAUUUGGGUUAAUAGGCAACAAAAACAGUGAUUCCACAUGUUCAGGGACGCCCAGUUUUCCACCAAGAAAUUCAAACAAUUCAAGAAUUCCUGUUGACAUGGAUCUGUAUAUUUUCCAGAUUAGGACAGUACCCUGUUAAUCCACCAAGCUGUCAAUGUGCAUGUCUGCAUGUUCGCGUCCCACCUGCAUCAACUACCAAUGUUAAUUUUCUGAUUUCUUUUUUUUAAUUCAAAGUUUUAAUAUUUAUAUAUGAUAACAAUACACGAGGUGUGUGUAUUGACAAAUACAAACAGACAACAUUAAGAUAUUCACAACAACAACACCACAAAUAGGGGAGACCAGUGCGUGCUCAUACUUGAAUAAACAUUCAGUUUGUCGUCAAAAAGGUUCAAAUUGACAUAUAUAGAGGUAGAUCAGGUUUCAAAAACAAAACACACAAUUUUUCAGAUUUUGACCAGAUUUAACAGUCAAUCAAAUCAAAUUACAUAGAUACAUAGACAUGAUAUGUGUCCCCACACCUGCUUCUAAAUGGUUUCAGCCCUAGUGUAGAUUUUUUAAAUGAUAUGUAUUACGAUAAAUGCUUGUCAACGACCCUUUUUUCCACGACAUACACAACAUGAUGAGGAGCUUUAACACAAAAACUGACAAAUAUAGUUUUCAAUGUUAACCAGACGAAAAUGAAGUGUUACAUUUUUAUAUCUUUGUUAAUAUAAUCUUCCCCUUUAUUAGUUUAUUCUCUUGAUCUAAAUCUUGAGCAGCAAGAAAAACUUAGGAAGAAGAUCAACAUUAAGGAGAUUUGUUAACCUUAAAGGCUGAGAUCAUGUGACAGGCAAGUGAGAGGGAAGCAGUUGGCUGGAGGAGGAAGCAACAACUUUUCCCGGUACACUCUGACCUAUUAUACAAAAAACUUAAGAGUCAAAGAGGAGCAGGACGCCGAGAUGGUGCUUAUCUGUAUCUGCACUUAGAAAACACAACAAAGCUAAAAUGUUGACCCCAGUUUGUCAGAUGAGCCAAAAACCACCAAACGGGGAUCAGCGACUGAAAUGUCUGACAGCAUAAAUCCAUAAAGUAACUCAAAAACCGCACAGGGGAAUUAGUGGAGCUGAAAACAACAACAUUUCUAGUUACUACAGCUGACGCACAUCAAAUAUGAUGACAUGGCUUAAACAAAUGCUGCAGGCUCCUCGCCAGUUGUACACUGCCAUUAGGAGGUUAGUAUCCUGUGUGUGCUUGUGAGUGAAACACUUUCACUCAGACUGUAUAAUUCCACAUUAUUAAAUCAUAUUUGAUCACACUAUUAGACUGCGGUCACAAUAUUGAUAAAGAAUCAUCUCCACUCGAUCAUCAUCCUUUUCAUUCAGCCGUUUAUUUCUUGACAAGAGGACAUGCACUUGCUCUCACAGUGAAGGAUCCGUGUUUUCAUGCUCCAACCCUACAGGUUACACAGUAAUCAUAGGCCAGCCUACCUCUAACCCCGAUCCAGAAAGCCCAAAGAGCCAGAGUCAGCCCAUCCCCCUGCCCAUGCCAAUGCCUCCACCUGGGCCCCAGUCUCCGGGCUCAGCCAGCGCAGCCGGGGAAGAAAACCCCGGGGAGACCUUACCGGAGUCGAAAUGACUCGUAAGAGCCGCCCGCCUGAUUCCCAUGUCACAUCAUCCGCUCAUAUGUCUCGUAUGAAAUCGUCUUUCUCUCCAUGCUGCUCUCACGUUUGUCUGUGUGACUGCUUUCUAAUCACCACUGUCGUGUAUUUUGAUGUCUUCAUUUCAUCCUGGUCGUUUCAUUCCUGCAUGUUUCAUUUUUUUAUGUUUGUUGCCUGUUUCCAGUGUGACAUUGAAUCACUGUGCUGUCAGUUUAAAGGUGUUACCUGUCUGUUUUUGUUUUUUGUUUUUUUAUCACUACUUGAAUGUUAAAUUUUCUGGUUAUUUUCUGGUUAUUAUUUCAACCUCACUGAUUCCCCUCUCUAACACUGUUAAUUUUAUUCAAGUUGGCUGAAAGAGAAAGAGCCAUGUCUGAAUCACUGCUUUGAAUUUUAUCCAACAUAGAGGCAAUAAUUUCUUCAUCUCCUCCCUCAGGGAAGCGAUGUCCUGGAUGAGUCUCGACUAGAAGAAGCAGGUGUGUACUGCGAUGCCCAGGCCUCCACAGGGACCAUAUGGACAUAGAAAUGAACAUGCAAACAGGCAGAAGAUCCUGUGUCCAAACACUACUCAUAUUUCAAUUUACUCUGGUUAAUACAACACUGUAUUGGGCCACGGGAGCAGCCUUGGCUAUAAACAUAGAAUCAUACAAAAAAAAAAAAAUUCCUUUAUUUAUUUAUUUUUUUUUCUAAAGGUCCUUACACACCGAGGCCGACACAAAUAAAGAUUUUUUUUGUAGAGCAUGUUUAAAAGUUGACCAAAAUGAUCUACAUAGAUUUACAUAGACAUUAAAAAACAAACAAAAUCAACACUGAGCGCAGUACAAGAGCAGACCAGAUAAAAACAAUUAAAAAGAAAUCAAUAAACAGACAAUGUGUGAUUAGAUUGUGUUAGGAAACUUUCAUUACAGGAGAAGCUCAGUGUUUUUUCUUAGUUGAAAAAAGGUGUGAAUAUAAUAAUGAUUUGGAAAAUAGCGGCGUAUUAGAUAUCAGCAAAAUUCUGUAUUGUGCAUCCCACAAAUCAGAGACUGUAUCUGCGAUCAUCUGACCUGUGAAGGUCCAAAAACUGCAGAGAAUCGACAGGAAUUGAUGAGGGGAUCCAUAAUAUCAACAAAAUCUUAUUGAUUCCCAUUCUUAGACACAAUAGCUUUCCAAACUGUUGAUCUUAUUUCAACCUCUCCUUCUCCUCCUUCUCCUCCUCAGCCUGUCGUGCCCCUGUUAUGAUUCAGCCACAUUCAACUGCUGCCAGCAACACAGAGAUCAACCAGUCCACAGACACCAGCCAGCCCAGGCCAGCGCCAUCAUCCUGACCCCUCAUUACCUGAUACCCCACCCACCCACUCCUGGACAACACCUGUAAGCUGUAAAGGUGGGCUCUCACCAGCUCUCCUCCAUGGGACUCAAACAAUGGAGGAGAAUUCAUGCAUUAAAAGAAAACAAGCUGUGUUUUGAUAAUGCUGCUCAUCAGCCAUCGUCCUAUAAGCCUGCCAUGUACUACAGCUUCACCUGAGCUGGUCUGGCAUCAUGCCCAGCCCGACCUCACUAAUCUCUUACUUUCAUCCCUUUACAAACAGCGAGGAUGUGGCAAAAAGAGGAGAGUAUGAGAGUGAAAGACUCGAUGAAAAGGUGGUCCUCUGAUUAUCUCCUACCCAGAUCAGGACUGGAAUUCAUUCUGGUCGCCAACAGGAGCACUUUUUUUACAUUUCUCCCGUCUUGACUUGUUCAAGAGAAAAACCAACAAGGAUUUCUCUUUAUAUACUCAACAGUGGGAUUGGAUUACCGCUUAUGUAUACACAUCACCAGACGCCAGCAGUACAGCUAUUGUGGAUGAGUGGUGGAUGUUUCCUCUCUCCAUCCUCCUCCCUCUAUUGUCCUGUUUUGAACAACAGCCGUAAUGCUUUGCCAACAUCUACCCUUCCACUUUUCAGACGAGCUCUCGCUGCCAAGUCAUGUGGUUGAAAAAAAAAAAUCCUAAUAAAUACCAUUUUAAAGAGGACUAACCGCAGCUUCACCAAGCAUUUCAGUCAAGACAGCUACAAUUGACACGGAUGCGCACGAAGGAGACGUGACGCAAGCAGAAAAAGUGACUGCAAGACUUGUAGAUUCAUGCGAACACUCUGACGUUGAUGUUGAAUAUCUGAGCCAAAACCCAGAGCUGCAGAGUCGAGGCUAACCCCGCCACCAUGCAUGCAUUUUUUGUCCUGGAAUGCACGCACCCCUACUGUACAGCACUGGAACUACACUACAAACCCUCUGUUACAACACGAACAUCAAACCUGCCUCACCUGACCUCUCCGACGAUGCAGACUCUGGUUACUCACACACUAUAUACAGACUAAAUGUACCAGCCCAUGUGUCAUGUGCCACCCUUUUUUAAAGAAAUACAACCCCCGGGAUAAACCCACAGCUAAAAAAGUGACAGUUACGGGAGCGUUGAAAUGUUUACUCAAAAAUACUUCUAUUUGAGUUUGUUUCGUUGGUUCUGCAUUAUCAGGGUCUCCUUUUUUGAAAUGGUUCGUUUGAGCAAAAGCAACAGCUCCAUGUAGCCAAGCCAACCCACGCCGUUCAUUCCACAGCAAACGUGUUUACUGCUUUUAAUCUGUCUGGACACUCCACUGAAGUCUGCAGCUGAUUUGGAUAUCAGUCAGUGGUUUUAAUGCUUUCUCCAUGAGUGAGUACAUUUUAAAAUUAAACUGUUCCUGCUUUUCUUGGAUUCAUAUGUGUUUGAUGCUCAUAACUACGCUCUACUUUGUUGCACUGAAUCUCAGAGAUAAAGUAAAUACUUCAAAGUCUUGUUGUAGUUGGUGUGCAGCGAAGUUUUGUGGCUGUUUUAGUCAGCAUAGUUAUUAUUAGUCAAUCUGUUGACCUAGAACUACUGAGUUCCUCUAAUCUGCUCCAUACAGCUUGACUCUUGACUGUAUAGAGGAUGGCUAUCGUGAUACCCCUCAAAAUGGAAUUACAUAUUUUACCAUUAAAUGCACAAAAGACCCCUCAGGUGGGUCCAAUCCAGUGGAACAGACUGUUGUAUCGGUUUGAGGCAAAGCUUUAAAUAAUAUUUCUGUUUAAGACAGUGGUUCUCAAGUCCAGUCCUCGAGUUCCCCCGUCCUGCAUGUUUUGGAUGUUUCCCUGCUCCAACACACCUGAUUCAAAUGAUCAGCUCGUUAUUAAGCCAUUACAGAGCUUGAUAACGAGCUGAUCAUUUGAAUCAGGUGUGUUGGAGCAGGGAAACAUCCAAAACAUGCAGGAUGGGGGGACUUGAGGACUGGACUUGAGAACCACUGGUUUAAGAGGAGCCUUCAUUUGUAAACAGAGCCAAAACUGAACUCACCCCAACACUUGAACACAAAACAGGAAGACAGUUCAGCUAACAGGUAUUAACUACAGUGGUCAUGAAUCAGCUCUGGAGAGCACAGUGUACAUGCUUGAUGUGGAAUCAAUGAGCAGGCCUCUGCUCGAUUUGUCAUGAAUGUUUAUAAUACGUGCGUAAAGUAUUGCAGGAGAUGGUGAACUUGUUAGAACGCCGAUUGAAAGACUGAAAUUUAAAACCGCAGAAAAUGAGCUUGAAAUCUAGUUUUUACUCUUACUGAGCAAAGGAAUCUUUACAAAUGAACACCACUUUCUUCAUUUUUGAAGCUGAAAUGCAAAUUGACACCUGUGGAUGCUUAAAGCUUAAAACUAAGGGUUUUUGGUGUGAUACACAUUGUGUGGAAUAAGGUGUGAAAGUGCAAAAAAUGUAGGGGUUUUAGGACCCAAACCUUCAGCGCUCUUUUUGGCUCUAUGCAUCUUUAAAAGCGGGUCUGUUUUUGUUCUUUGACUCAGUUCAGGUUGUUUGUUUUACCUCAUAUUUGAGCGCUACAGACACAGAUUCACUUAAAACUGACUGAUGAUCUGUAAACUCAGGUCCAGAUUCACUAAGACUGCGUGUCACAGACGACCCCAUCAUUUUUAUUCCACUUUUAGUGCUUUCGUAGUAUUAUAUUAAACUAAUUUGCAGCCCUUGGUGAGAGCACUGAGCAAACAAUUAACCUCUGAACUGCAAAUUUUAGACACUCAAGUUUGAGUAAUAAUUGAACAAGUAUCCCCUCAAAUCUUCUUUUCUGUCCUGAGUUCUCAGGAUAGAAAACAACCUUCCUGACUUCUUGACUUAAUGACAGAUGUGCCUUGGACUAAACCUGCAGAAGUGACCAAACAGCAGACUCAUCGUGCAACUCCUGUGUUUCUAUUUUGCACAGCGUGAAAAAAUCCCACACCUGCAGGUUCAUGACCAUGACUGCUGAAUUAUUCUUUUGACUCCCUUUAGUAGUAAAGUCCCCCCACUUUCUGAUUCAAGCUCAUCUCCUUUCAAACCUUUAGUGAAUCUGGAUCAGUGUUUUUUGGUUUUGUAGCUUCUCUUAAGUUUCUAGUAACUACUGUUGAUCUUUGAAAUGGUCUUGACUUUAGUAAAAGGGUUAUAAUCUGAUACAAAACACAUUUUAAGUCUUUUUUUAACUUUUUUUUUUCACAAGGUUUCAGCCUGCUAGCUCUUCUCAGACAUUUUGGUUUAGAUCUCUGUCACAUAGCAGUCACCUGUAAAAGCUGUGCUGUCUACAAAGUCAGCAUGAGAGCUGUAGCUCGCACUGAUUUUUUUCAAUUAAUCCAUUAUUACUUUGUUUAAUGUCAAAAUGCACAUGCUAGUCUAACCCUAAAUUUGACAGGCAGUUCAAAGUCGAAUAGCAACUGUAGCCAAUUAUUAAAACCCUUUAUUUGAUUGAAAACAGUGCAGUAGACAACCUCUUCAUCCCAGCCCUCUGUAGGAUUUUAGCUGCUCAACAGUGGAGUCUGAUAUUUCUGAUUUCAUGAUGGCCCAAGUGUUUUCCGUGGGUGAACAGUUUUUUCAUUUUGCCUCAGUCUAGAGGAGCGAACAGUACUCUGGACCUUACGUGGUUUCCUUUUUUGCAUUAGAGUUUAUGAGCCAAUGCAAAGACUUCAACUACAGAGUCCUGUCUGUUUUUAAUGCCAUGCGGCCCCAAGAUCAUGGCCAUCAAGUAUUACCAGCAGUGUCCCUUUUGUGCAGAACCUUCUCCAGAUUCUUUGAUUCUUUUAAAGCUCCAUUGCAGUUUCUUACAGAAGGUUAAACCUCCUCCCAUUUUUACUUCUGAGAGAUUCAGCCUCUCUGCAGUGCCCUUUUUAUUCCCAGUCACAUUACUAACCUGUUGAAAUUAACCUAAUUAGUUGGGAGAAGUUCCUCCAGCUUUGGUCGAACAUUUUAACUGUUAUCUUUGCACUGUAUUCAAUUCAAGACGGGGUUUAAGUGAUUCGCAAAUUAUCAAAUUCUGUUUUUACGAACAGUUUACACAACGUCGCAACAGUUUUGAGACUGGGGUUAAAGUUGUUGACAAGCUAAAGCAGCUAUAGUGUCCUUAAAAUUACACAAAAGUCAUGAGACCUCUUACUUCUAUUUAAGUUAGUAAAGCCAAGCACUGAAUUCAGCUUCUACAGGUCUGUAUUCUUAUGUGGAUGACAGAGGCGACCCCCUUUGCAGCGGCUCAUAAAUCUUUCACCAGGAGAAGCAUGCAAAAACUUCAGAAAAAUUCAAAAAUGCAUGCGAAAUCUAGAACAGAUGUUAUGUGAAAACUGAAAUGUGCUGCAGAAAUGGGAAACGCUUGCAUGAACAGCAAAUGAACGGCAAAAACAGUGCAAAAAAUGAUGCACCGAUAUGUGCGCUAUCAGGCAUCACAGGGCAGAAAACAGAAAAAAGGCCGAAAUGAAAGCCUGAGAACCGUUUGUUUACUUGAAUGAUCGAUGUUCAGUUCAGACCUACAAUUUCAGGGGAGAUAAUACUGGAGGAUUUGAGGAGGAUUUUUUAGAUUUUUCAAACUAAAUGAUAUCUUUUACCUGCAGGAGUGCAACAUUAAAUCUUUUGUCCUCUAAUAAGUUGAGGCUUGAAUGUUCCUCCUUAUACAGAUGAAGCUUAAAUGUGCCGCCAGUUAAACUUAACUCUUUAGUAAAAUUCCUCAUUGCCUGGUGAGCUGAUGUAGCCUGACACAUUAACCCCCUUUUUAUUUCACUUAAACCAGCUAGCAAAAGCUUCUCUUUGGCUUCGUUUUGACUUUUUGUUGGACUGUGUGUGGGUUCCCCAGAGAAACAGCCAACAAACUUGAAGGUCCUCAUUUUGUUUCAAGCUUUCAACCAUCAAAAAAGCCCAAAUGUGUCAUUUCAAGUGUGUCAUACAAUUUCUAAAAAAAAGGUCAUUUUCUCGUCUGUGUCAGAUCUUCUAAAAUGAAAUCCCUGAGUGUUAAACUCAUGAGGGGAUGGAGCCCUGAAAGCAGACUUAUAUAUAUUAUUUUUGUAAUUUCAAAUGACUCACAAAACGGUCAAAAACUUACUGAAGUACUAACUUUUAUGAAGUUGUGUCUGUUUUAACAGUGUACAUACAUUUUUAUUUUCUAUUUGUUUUGCUACACAGAAGUACUUUUAAUUUAAUAUUAGGUAUUUUGAGGUUUAGUUGGGUGUUUAAAGCUUCAGCUCAGUUAAGCAGUUGGAUAUUUUGUAAAAGAAAAAGUGCAAGAAAAACAGAGACACAGAAACAGUUGGACAAAAUGCGAAGGAAGUUUAAUUUAUGCAAUUUUCUGUUUUGGUUUUAACUCGUUCCCUGAGGACCAUCUGUAAAUGAGUUCUAAUGAAAUUCAACCAAAUAAAAAAGGGGGAUUUUAUAACUCUUGUCUGUAAGUGUGUAUUUAUUCAUUCAUAAUGUUUACUCUUUUUACUCUAAAAGUCAAAUGUGGUUCUAUACAUUUUUUAGACAGAACAAGAACAACACAGUCAAGAGGAAACAACUAUGAGAGUUAUAUUUUUAAUUAUAUUCAUAUGUUUUUAAAAUUAUUUGUCAUGUUCAGUCAUUAUCAUAAACAUGUUUUUUCUUCUUUCACCCUUCUCUUUAAGUGAUGCAGGGGCGGAGCCUAGAGGGGCCAAAGCCAUCCCUGAAAUUCCAUCGGCCUCUCUGAAAUUCUGAACCAUGGUUGGCUAAUUCUCUUACGAAGGGCAGUGCUUGCAUUUAAAUCAACCAUUUAGGUUGUAUUUAAGUAGUAAAACCUCUAUAUGUGAGAAAGCGCCGGAAACUGCAGUUCCCUGAGUGUCCACUUGAGGCUGACUGCAGAAGCACCAGAAACCACAUACACACUCAGGCAAAAAGAAUGUCUGUUGCUUGCUUAGAAACCCCCUUGUAAGUACUUAUCGGAAUUUUAUUUUAAAGAUUACUUAUUCAUGUUCAUUACAUGAAAAAGACUCUGAAAGGUUAAGAUUAAUGAAUUAUAAGGACCAAUAAAUCCUCAGUUAAUUACUUAUUAACAGAAAGAUGCUUCUUUUCAGCUACUGGUUCAACAGUGUCUCAUAAAGUCGAGUAACUGCUUUAAUCUAACUCAUAUUAUGUAAAAUCCAAUUAAUGUUAUUUGUGUUUAUUUAUCUCCAAGCAAAAGUCUGACUUGUGUGGGAAAACAUCCACAUCACCUCUUGAUAUUUAAGUCUGGUAUAUAACCAUAGACUGUAUAUAGAAUGGACGCCAUCUGCCUCCUUGCUGGGUGAAGCCACCCCGAGAACAGCACCCUCUGGUGACGGGCUGCAGUAUAGGUCAUAAAUCCCGCCUCCUCCAGUCAUCCUUUUGGGGCUGGAGGAGGCAGAAUAUAAAUUUUUCUCCCCCCUGCUUGCGAUGUUGACAUGUAGUUACUGUACGACUGGUUUGUGCUCAAGUCCUCUUUUUUUCUGUACAGCUCCAUUUUUAAAAGUUAUUAGGGGGUUCAUGUCUUUCUAUGAUUGACACUUGAUACAGCCUAUGGGUGUACGAAGAUUGUGUAGCUCACCUGGGGGAUACGCUGUUUGAGCCGAGCGUCAUCACAGCAACUGUCGGCAAUUCUCCCGCCAAAUGGGUACAACACUACUGCGCCACUAGUGGAGUGCAUACAACGCUACUGCGCAAUGUUGGUUUCAGGAAGUGGAGAAAGAAUGCGGAAAUACAGAGAGCUUUUAACACAUAUUAAUGUUCAUUAGCAUCUUAUAAGGUCUUAGAAUUGGCUUUUUAACUAUUAAUUAAUGCUUGUUACCAGGACCUGAUCAUAAAGUGUGACCUUUUCCUAUAUUUUCUUCAGCUGGUCAGGGUUUUCUAGGGACUGAUACACAAUAAUGACCUGAAACCUGGUCAAGGCGAGGCCUGACUCUGUGUUGGUAUGUUUGGCUGGCUCUACAGCAGCCCUCCCUCCCUGACUCUAUAAAUAACAUGGUAAUCCCAUUAAUAGCUUAGUUAACUUAGUCGGCUCCAUUCUGUUAGUAGCAAAUACUUUGCGUGUUUGGUCACCAGGAACUGACCUCGCUGCUGUCUACUCACUUAUCUGCAGGGUGUCCGAGGUCAAAGGUCAAGGGUCAGGGAGAGAGUGUCUCUGUGUCAUGGAGCUGGCUGAGGAUCCUACAUUUAAAAUCACAACACUGACUGUCCUGAUUUACCUCAUCCUGACAUUUUAACACCAGGGGGGUAAUAUUUGUCUUUCUCCUUGUUUGAGGCCUCAACCAACCUUCAGUCUGUAGAAACUGGACUGAUAUGAGUAAAUUAGAGAUAGUAUUGAAUAAUUUAACCAUUUCAUGAUAUCCUAUUUUAUUGAGAUGCAUCUUUAAUCCUCUCAGUAGGACAGGUAAUGCCUCUAAGGGUAUUAUAACAUCAAAAAAUUGAAUAUCGUUAUCACUGAGGACAAACAUUUAUUCUCACCUUCAACAGCAAACAGCAGAUGGCGUUCUUGGUUCAAAUAAAUGUUCCUUGUGUUUCUUUUUUUCCAGCUUUAUAUCAGGAUCCAGUUACUAUCAGGCUCUCCCUUCCUCUGUUUUAUUUUCAUACAUCCUCUCCUGGCAUAGUGACUCACUCACAAAUACAUUUUAAUCACAGCAGCUGGUUCGACAUCUUGAAAACAGAAAUAUUCAUAACAGAAAGGAACCAUUUUUCAUCUGGUAACAAAAAUGAUGUUGACAAUAAAGAAUACAUGAAAGUUAUUCAACACAAAGAAGUAAAAAUAUUUUGACACAGUGACAGAGAAAAGUGGUGUGGUGAUCAUGGAAGUAGAUGGUGGUGCUGAUAGCCAUGUCAUUAAUACCAUCUGUUAUAAUACCUAUUAGAGAUUUUUUGUGUGUGUGUGUUUCGCCCUCCAGUAUUAAGACGUCUAUUUCAAAGAAUGGCUAACAAGUGCCUUAAAAC